AUGAAUUUUAAGUUCAUUGAAUUUUUAUUGAUCAAAGGAUUGGGAGAUGUCGUGGAUUUUAUUGUCGUUGGUGGUGCGUCGGCUGGAUGUGUCGUUGCAGCUCGAUUGAGUGAAAAUCCUAAAUGGAAAGUCUUACUAUUGGAAGCGGGAGGCAAUCCACCGAUCGAAUCUGAAAUUCCAGCUUUGUUUGGGAGUAUUCAAAGAACAAAAUUCGAUUGGCAAUUCAGCGUGAAAUCAGAAUUGACAUGCAAAGCAGCUGUGAAUGAGACAUGCAGAUAUACGAGGGGGAAGAUGUUAGGUGGUACAUCAUCAUUGAAUGGUAAGCAGAGACCCAAGGAAGAGGAUUAUGAUGGCUGGGCUGAGCUGGGUAAUACCGGUUGGGAUUAUGAUAGUGUUUUGCCAUAUUUUAAAAAAUCUGAAGGAAAUCAAUAUGAACCAUUUGGGAUACUUGAAUAUGCAAGCAUUUUAUGCGAAUGGUCGACGGCAAAGUGCCGCCAAAGCAUUUUUGAUUCCGGCAAAAAUCGAAAAAAUGUGCAUGUGAUCAAGCAUGCUUUUGUUAAGAAAAUCCUUAUCGAUGAAAAUAAUAACGCGUACGGUGCGAAAUUUACAUACAAAGAGAAAGGAACGUUCAAGGCGUGUGCACGAAAGGAGGUCAUUGUUUCAGCAGGCUCAUUUUUGAGUCCACAAUUACUGAUGAAUUCAGGAAUCGGGCCAAAGAAGCACUUGGAGAAAUUCCAUAUUCCGGUGAAGGCGGAUAUACCGGUUGGACGAAAUUUGACCGAUCACCAAUCGGUUUACGUUUGGUUUCGAUUCAAUUCCACGGAAACAUCGUCAACCGCACAAUUGGAUAGUCUUUAUCAAUAUGUCGUUCAUGGAACUGGGCCGUUGACAUCACGAGGAGUGACAAAUGUGAAUGGAUUUAUAAAUAUCGCCAAUACAACUGGCGCACCGAAUAUUCAGGUUCAAGUAUUUUACUGUACGGAAAAUUCGAGCGCUUUAACAUCAUUCGCAAGUGGUUAUAAGGAUGGCAUCAAACAAAAACUACUGAAUGAGACCUUAACUCAUGAUCUUGCCGCUGUGGUCAUCUCCAAUAUUCAUCCAAAAUCAAGAGGUUACGUCAAAUUAAACCGCACAUCGGUUUACGGCAAGCCAAUUGUUAAUCCAAGAUUCUUCAGCAACCCAGAUGAUGUCGAGGUAUUACUGCAAGCCAUGAAGCAACAACUGUCUUUUGAGAAUACUACAUCGUACCAGGCAAAUGAUGGUGAAUUCGAAGAA